ACUCAGGCAUCUCGGUGUUGGCAGCGGGUCAGGUGAACUUGAAAAGCAAAUAUUUGUUCCUCUUUUGGACAAAUUUAAGCACAUCCACAACCACGUGAUUGAACCAAGUGAAGAGCAAAUAAGCAUCUACCGUAAAUCACUUCAAACUGAUCAAGCAACAGCCGUAGGUGUUGAGUUUGACUGGCACCAGGAGUCAUUGGAAGAGCACCAAGCCCGACACAGCAAUCAAACUCUUGAGCUGUUUCAUGUCGUCACCGCAGUACAUUCCAUUUACUAUGGUGGCCGUAUGGAAGUCAAAGUACCAUUCCUGUACAACCUUUUGGUGGACGGUGGAGUAAUGGCUUUUGUAGUAAUAUCAGAGACCGACAGUCUGUGCAAAGUGCAAGGGCAGUUUCUCUCCCCAAGCAUACCCGGCUACCGUUACUAUACCAAACAGAGGCUUCAAGCCUUUCUCGAAAGUAACAACAUCCCAUAUGAAACAAUCGAUAUUCCACGGUGUUUCCUUGACGUCACAACAUGCUUCGACGAACACUCAACAGAGGGCGCUGAGCUUUUGGAUUUUCUUUCCCACAAGAGGCACUUUCGAAAAGACGGGGUUGAAAGAGAACAGCGGGAAGAAUUUAUGCAACUUCUUCGUCAGAAUGCACACAUGGUCGGGGAAAAGCUAACGGUAACCCACGACACGGCGGCGGUUAUUGUACAGCGUGGCAGUCAAGAGUUUAGCUCCACUCUCGUGUCACAGGCCUAGAAAGAAUUUACCGCCUUUUAUGGACCUCUGGUCAAUUUCUAUGAGGGGCAGUUUAUGACUAAAUGAGCAGUUACAAACAAGAACGGCCCCUUAUAAAUUUAAGUUUUUUGUCCCUUUUGUCGUUGAUCCUUUAUAUAUUUUCGGUGGUCUUUUAUAUAUUUUUG